GCCCGCCGUCAGACAGGCAACCCGAUAGCAACCCGCCGUGGUGGGACGAGUCGGGGGGAAUCGAAGACUCCGACCCUCGUCAUGGCAAUUGUGCAGCCUCCGCGCACGGCCGCACUCGGGCCGUCGAGAAGCCGACCCUGACGCUUCCCGACUCGGCCGCUGAGCCGCUCGGCAUGGCGGGCACUACUGGAUGCCACCUGGCGACCGCGGCGGCCGCGGCCAGUGCAUCGGAUGACGUCGAGGUGAUCAGCAGCGAUGACGAGCCCUCGAUGCUUGCCACCGCCACCGCUGCCAAACGUGAGCCCGAGGAGCCACACGGUGGCAGCCCAGCAUCGGUCGAGGCCGCGGACUGGGCGGCGGCGGACGGGGCGGUGCCACCAACGCCAGCCAGCAGCGUGCCAGCAACGCCAGCCAACAAGCUUGCCAGCAACGUCGGCCACUGCGAGCAGCCCGUGGCCGUUGACUUCGGUAAGGAGUUCGGGGACAUGCCACCAGAUGCCGCCAAGUUCAUCAAGUGUCUCGGCAUGGAUGCGACGCGUCAGUUUGAGUUUCCCGAUGGGUCCCGCGACCUCGAGGGCAGCCUGUGCCUGAUCUUCAACAGUGCCAAAGAUACUUGGACGGCUGAGGGCAUCUGCGAGCAGACAACCCCAUUGUCGAAGGGCGUUAACCCUGCGGCGCAGACUCCCGACAAGAGUGCAGCCCCUCCAGAUGACCCAAUCCUCGAGGCAGCCGCGGCGAGUGGCUUUAAGUGUUCCACCAAGUCGACCAUGGGGCAGCGCUUCACCCGCUGGUUCGCGAACCAGCCUGCCAAGUACAAGAGG